AAUAAAAUAAAAAUGUCAUUAAAAAAAAAAGACGUUUAAAAACUGAAAGGUGACUGUCAUCUCAUUAAUCGUGAUCAUAUUUUGAUUGGGAGGUUUCCCAGAAGUCACAUGUGUUAUCUGCAUUGAGGACAGUCUAUCAGUGAAUGGGCAGCAGGGCGUGAAAACAGGCUGAGCUGGUGUGAAGCUCUCGCAGCUCUGCACCUUUAAAUCUCUCCGCUCCUCCCUCUCCUCACUGAGGAGGCAGAACCUCUUUUAAUGCAUCCAGUGGAAAUGACAAACCAGAGGCGCUCCACGGGGCCAGCAUGUAAUAACAAUAAUCAUGGGCUUUAGCGACAGCAACUCAUCCGAAACUCACAUCCUGAGACGCUAAAACGAGGCAUCUCUGGGCCGGUCUGUCGCUCCGCGGACGCCAAAUGGACGUCGAUGGACUGGAAUGAAACCUCCACUUCUGCCGGACUGAAGCUGGAGGAAGGAGGGAGAGAAACCUCUGCAUGUUUAAGUUUCCUGCUCCGACCACAGGGGCAUCGCUGCGUGCGUGUUGGAUGUGUGUGUGGAAGUGUGUGUUGGGUGCGUGUGUGCGCGCAGCGGCAGCAGCAGCAGCGGCGGCGGCGGCGGUGGUGGAGGUGGUGGCGGCGGCCGCGGGAAGGGAAGUUUAGCGCCGUGAUUUUUCUUUUCCUCUGUUCCGUUGUGUUGUUUUUCAUGUCGCACCAGGGGACCGGCGGAUUAACGUUUCCCUGAUGAAAAUUAACCAUCUGUGGAGAGGCUCUGUGAUCGUGACUAUGAUGAUGAUAUCGAGUAAGAGCGUGGAGUGGCUGCAGGAGGAGCUGGAGUCCGGGGCCACCUCUCUGCUGCUGCUGGACUGUAGACCCCAUGAGCUGUACGAGUCCUCGCACAUCGAGUCGGCCAUCAACCUGGCCAUCCCGGGCCUCAUGCUCCGCAGGCUGAAGAAGGGGAACCUGCCGAUCCGCUCCAUCAUCCCCAACAACGAGGACAAGGAGAAAUUUGUCAAGCGGUGCAAGACGGACGUGGUUGUGCUGUACGACGAGGCGACCUCGGAGCGGCAGGAGUCCGGGCUGGGGAGCUCCGUGCUGGGGCUGCUCCUGCAGAAGCUGCGGGACGACGGGUGCAAGGCUUUCUAUCUGGAGGGGGGCUUCAACAAGUUCCAGUCGGAGUACCCUGAGCACUGCGAGACCAAUUUGGACUGCUCCUGUCCCAGCAGCUCCCCGCCAGCCUCUGUCCUCGGUCUGGGAGGCCUCCGCAUCAGCUCCGACUGCUCAGACGGGGAAUCUGACCGCGAGCCGGGGAGCGCCACUGAGUCAGAGGGCAGCCCGCUACCAAACAACCAGCCAGCGUUCCCCGUCCAGAUCCUGCCGUACCUUUACCUGGGCUGUGCCAAAGACUCCGCCAACCUGGAUGUGCUCAGCAAGUACAACAUCAAGUACAUCCUCAACGUGACGCCCAACCUGCCCAACAUGUUCGAACACGAAGGCGACUUCAAGUACAAACAGAUCCCCAUCUCCGAUCACUGGAGCCAGAAUCUCUCUCAGUUUUUUCCUGAGGCCAUUUCAUUCAUUGACGAGGCCCGCUCGAAAAAGUGUGGCAUCCUGGUCCACUGCCUGGCCGGGAUCAGUCGCUCGGUGACCGUCACCGUGGCCUACCUGAUGCAGAAGCUCAACCUGUCGCUCAACGACGCCUACGACUUUGUCAAGCGGAAAAAGUCGAACAUUUCCCCAAACUUCAACUUCAUGGGCCAGCUCCUGGACUUUGAGCGGACGCUGGGCCUCAACAGCCCCUGCGACAACCACGCGUCCUCCCCGACACACGACCAGCUCUUCUUCACCACGCCGACCAAUCACAAUGUGUUUCAACUGGACACGCUGGAGUCCACAUGAAAAUUAAGGGAAAGGGGAGACUGUCCCAUCCAAAGGGUCGAAGUGGUGUUGUUACCAUGGUAACAAGUGGCUGCACUGGAGGGAAGCAGCCAGUUUUAAUGAAUGUUUUAGCCUCCAGAGGCUCGUUGUCUGAGAGCCUGGCCACGGAGCAGCUUUGAAGGGAGAGGGGAGGUCACAGAUAAAGGGAAUGGGGGAGUUUUUUUAACCGAGAGGGAACACUGACGGGUGGGUUUACGACGGCGUCCUCCUCGGAGUUCAUUGAAAUCGAGGAAAAAGCUCAACUUGUCUUGUAACGAGAAGCCAAGGAGACUUAACUGACUGAGAAACUGGGCGAAGUUCCGCCGCAGGACAGACAGCUUUAUACAAAGAUGGGAACACGGAAAAUCUACCGUGCUCGACUCAUGAGACGACAUCAUCCUCUCUGUCUUUCUGUCUCGGCUCUCGAGCUGAGCUGACUGGUGCCAAGUGGAGAAUCUGGGAUUUACUCGUAGGAAAUCUCACUCUACUGAAUGUAGAGUUUUUAAAAACCAAGGAAUUAACACACACACGCACACACACACAUAAACAAAGUAUGUAUGUUUGUACUGUAUGUACUGUAUGUAUGUUAACGUACAUAGCAGAAAAUGUAUGGGCAGUCCUUAACAAAUUCAGUAUGUCUAUAUGCAUUUUUGUAUAUUUUUGUGUACAUUUACGCACAAAUCUAUACCUUAUAUAAAUAUAUACACAUAGAAAUCUUAUCUUUGUCCAAAAACAAAGUAAUCCAAUCCAAUAAUGGCUUAAGAGAUUGUAAAACUAAAGAAAGGGAAUGAGUGUGGUGACGCCAACAAAGAGGAACGUUGUUGUGAUAUUCCUAGUUGUCUUUUUUUUUUUUUUUUUUAGUUUAGUCUUUCUUUUAGGUUCGUAAUGACCUAAUGCAGUUUGCACAGUGAUGUAGCCAUUGACUUGUUGGCACUCGGAGCCGGUGCUGGAAGCAGGCAGAUAAAGAGACAUUCAGAGAAGAUGAGCGGAGAGGAGAGGCCAGUCCCAGGCUGCGACGAGUCCUGACAGCUGCACGGUGAAACGGGGAGGGAGCAGGAGCAGGAGCAGGAACUGGGCCCCGAGCAAAGGACGAGGUUCAGGGGUUCGGAUUGGGUCAGGAGGGAGACAGCCUGCGGAGCAGGACAAGGAAUUAGCAGUAGAAGUGUGGCUGAAGAUACUACAGUAGAUUUGACAUUUGACCAACUGUUUGCAAGACUGCAGUUCCCGGUUCCUACUUCCUUCCCCAUAUGAUUCAUCAAGUUGCCUAACGAGAAGUACCAGUUGUUCCAACAGCUGUUUGAUUAUUUUAGUCGUUUGUUGCAAAUCAACUUGGUUAUUGGUUUUUUCAUCACAGCAUAGUGAGGUUUGCCAAACUGGUUCAUAAUGGCUCUGACUUUUGUACUUUGAGGCAGAGGCAUGAAAGGUUAGGGUUAGCGUUGGGGAUACCAAGACACCUUUUUGGGCAGCUUAUCUUAGCAACCUUGUGGCAAAGAAGUGCCUCAACACUCUUGUAUUACCCACAUUGCAAACUUCUUUUUGCCCAAGAGGAAGUUGUUCAAUUGUGUCACAUCUUAGGUUCCUUUAAGGACCCAGUUAGAAAUUUGCCAAAAAAAAAAGGACUCUGGACAGGACCAGGUGUCAGGGCUGAGAUUGUAACCUGGUCUCAGUGUUGGCAUCGCAGUGUUGUGGACUGGGACUGACCUCAGAUACAGACUGCACUUACUUACUUCAAUAGCUUCGUGUCCCUUAACUGCAUUUGGAGAAAACGGAGGGAAGGUCUCUCUGCGAAGGGGAUCAGCCAUUUCAUCAAAGAAAAUUGUCUGAGUUGAUUCACCCUUAAAGCCUUGGGUAUAUUAUAUGAAAGAAAUAUUAAACACAAAUGGAUAUAAAUAUAUAUUAUAGAGCUAAUAGUAAACAGAUCUAUAUUAUUUUGUAUACCUGAGCAUGCUGUGGUACUGUAUGCUCUCUAACAGCAGACUUAACCAUGGGUUGGAUGUUGCUUUACCAGGUGGGAAGACGAGCGAUGAGGUCCGUUUUUUUAACUGCUGUUGCUGCUGAACACAGCGGUACACAGCGUGUGGUCAAUGAGUUUUCUGGGACCCUGUUCACAUCAGGAGCACUUCAAAGGCAUUUUGAAAAUGAUUGGAAUAGUAUGUAGAAAAAAAACAAAUCAGAAAAUCCAUGGAGAAAUUUUCUUUUUAAAUCCAUGAAAAAAUAUGUUAAAAUUCCGUUCUGCUGUCCUUUUAGUGUCCGUUUCCUCUUAUGGGUGAAACAACACUGCAGCACAUGGACUUAUGGCAGCAUCUAUAGAUGCACUGAGCCUCAUGCAAGAACAUUUUAUCUUUACUUUUUUGCUCUUACUUUUUUCUGGAAGGUUUGCUCGUACGAGUGUUCAAAGUCAAAGUCAACAAACUCACUUGUUUCAAUUUCAUAAAUACAUCUGUUCAUGAUUUGGUGCACACUUGUGGGAUGUGAUCAUUAGCAUUAUCGAUGCCUCAAAAACAGCUUUGUAAGGCUUUGUAUGUGUUCUGCUCCAUUUACUGGCAAAUUUCAUUCACAAAAAAAAAAGAUUAAAAAGCAGAACUUCACAUUGCAGAGCCUGAAAUUGAAAAGACAAAAACAACUAAUUUAGCAGUGUCAGUAGUGCUAUUAGUGUACCCAAAAAAAAAUACAAAAUACCAAGUAGGCUGUUACACUGUCACAGCAGACAAAAAUAAAAAAGGGAACAGUUUGAUUUGAAGUUAGAUGCUAAAAAAACAUCUUGCUAAAGCAAAGUGAUCACUGAUUUUUAAAGGUGAGAGCAGAAUAUUGAUUAAGUUUAAUUUUAUUUAUUUUGGUUGAUGUCAUAUUUACAUAUUUAAAUUAUAAUUCUUAAGUAUAGCACCAUUUGUACAUGACUUGUACAACAUCUGAGCCGAUCAUCAAUUUUGUUCAUAUUUAAGAAAAAAAUUCUAAAUAUGAGAAAAUUGGUAAAUCUGCUCUUAAAUCACUUGUACGUGUCAUAUGAGAAGUAAUCUGUUCCUAAAAGUGGUUCUUGCAUGAGGCUCAAUUGUCACAGCAAACUACAGAAGUGUGUUUUUAAAGUGGUGAUGUGGACAGGGUCUAAACAGAAACAAAGAACUGGGUUUCAGAGGGGACAGCAGUUGAAUCUGAACAGGGUUGGUUUUAGCUGGCCUUAUAUAAUCUUUCUAACUUGUUUCUAAUGCUGACUGUUCAAUACUCUUUGUAUCUCACUUUAGAAAAACAUUGUGUAAAAAAAAAAAAAAAAAGAUGAAACGUUUGUUAUCUGUUAUUUGAAUCAGAACACGGUAAUUAUAGACGGCGAGCUGUCUUCUACCGUAACGGGUCACACAAGGUCCUCUUUGUUACUCUGCAAUAUAUCAGAACACCUUUUUUGCAGUAUUUUGUAGAUCCAAGACCUCAACAUUUUUAAAUUCUUCUUCUUUUGUACUAUAUCUAUUCUAUAUAAUUAUACAAGAUCCAGCUCCAUAUGGCUUGUGGACUGAAGUAACAUUUCACCUGGGGUCUCCAAAAUGUAGGGCCGGUGAGCCCAGUAACAACACACACACAUACAUACAUACUCACACACAUACAGCCAGAGCUGUGUUUCAGCAUGCCAGUUAUGUUUCACAAUAGAUGAUUACACCACCCGGCUUAAAUAAUGACAAGGUCUUUUUCCGUCUUGUUUUGAUAUAAUGUGCUCUAUGCUAUUCCUGUGGCCUUUCAAUAUGAAUAUAUAUCUGAGUAUAUAUAUGUUAUGAAUUUAUAUGCAAAAGUUCCUCUCCUAUUAUAGCAUCAGAGAUGAAAAUAAUACUACCAUGCUUGAAUGGACUUCCCUUAUCUGGAGUCAUAUCCCAUCUACAAUAAGGAAAAUGUUGAGGACUUGAUCACUUGCACCCAAGGAUUGAAAUAUAUUUCAGUACGGAGCUUUUCUAUUUAAAAAGAAUAUGGUUGAUUUCAAGCUGCUUUCUUGUGUUUUUUGUGUCUUUGUAACAAUGAAAGAGAAAUCAAGUCUUUUUCUCUGUUUGUAAAUUUGCCAGACCACGGGAACGGCCGUUUCUGUGUCCUUAAACUUGUAGCUACAUAUUGGUAAGAAUGUGCUCGAGAGUGAAAAACGUGAAUGAGCAAAAGAGGAGUGGAAGAGGAGUGGUUGGCGGUGUCAAAAACAAAGUGAAAGAAAAAGUGAAUGAUUUAAAAAAAAAAAUUGUUACCUCAGUGAGGAAUUUUUCAGGGAUUUUUUUGACAAUGCAUCUUGCAUCGUGUUACAGCUUCAAACACACGUUGAAUAGCUGUUUUGUAUUGUGCUGUAAACAGUUUUUAAAAAAAGAUGCAAUCUGUCUGUGUAUAAAACGGGGGCAUGUUAACCGGGGCAGUUUCACCUUUCUGUCUACUGAAGGAAACACGAUUGACCCUAUGUAUUGUACAGUAUAUGGAAACAACACAAGACAUGUUUAUACCGCAAAUAAAUAUUGAAAUAUUUUUUUCUUUAA